AUGAAAGUAUUCGUAUGUCUUCUGGCGCUGGCCGCCACUCUGGCAACCGCCAAUGCAGGACUUCUGGGGAUCCUGAAGGGAGGCGGUGGUGGCGGUGGCUAUGGCGGCGGAUACGGUGGUGGCUACGGAGGAGGAUACGGCGGUGGUGGCGGCGGUGGAGUCCAGGUCGUUAAAGUGAUCAACACCUAUGAGGGAGGACAUGGUGGCGGCUAUGGAGGCGGCUACGGUGGUGGCUACGGAGGAGGAGGCUGGAGCUCUGGAGGUAGCUACGGAGGUGGUUACGGUGGUGGCUACGGAGGUGGCUACGGAGGUGGCUACGGAAGUGGCUACGGAGGUGGUUACGGAGGUGGUCAUGGUGGCGGCAGCCGCGUGGAUGUCUACAAAGUGAUCACGACCACUCAUGGCGGCAGCUACGGAGGUGGCUACGGAGGAGGUGGCUGGAGCUCUGGAGGUGGCUACGGAAGUAGCUACGGAGGCGGUUACGGUGGUCAAUCCGGCUGGUGGAAAACGAAGUAA